AUGGUCAAAGACUACGGCGUCUGGCGUGCGAAGCCCGUCCGCUACACUUUUGAGGACAGAAUCGCAGAUCCACAUUCACCUCACCUCUCGCUCUACUUCGAUGAUGGCCUAGGCGCAGUCGGUCGAGCUGCCAUCAAUAUCAAGUCAGGAAAUAAAGAAGAGUCCCGCCUUGCCUACUGGACAGUUCCUGACUUUACCCAUGCUGUCACCACCAAGUUGGCUCAACUGAGCAACGGUUUCCGCCCUCUUUCCGGUACAACGGAGCAGACAUUGAAUGGUCUUGCACUGGACUAUAUCCGCAACAACCUCUUCAGCCGCGCCAGUGGCCGCAUCCUACCUCAUGACGUUGACGGGGCAGACAAUGACAUCCUUGAUCAGUUGAGGCCCAUCAUCGAUAGGGCUAUCUCAGCUCGAGCUACAGUUUACAUCUACGGCUCAGAAUUCAAUGAUGGCAAGGGUAUACACAACGUCCACAUGAAUCAGGGAAAUUCCGGGCGCUGGGUCAAGGACAAUGGAGUCUUCGAGGACGGUGGUCUCAUUUUUCAAUUUGAAGAUCACUGGGAAGCGGUUUUCAUUGGCUUCGCCUCUCAGGCUGUGCAUACUGAAGACGGCCCCAAACGCGCUGGUUACCCACUGCCCGACCAGGACUUCUUGACUUGGGCGGAAUUUCUUGCUCCUGAGCGGUCUGAUGACGAAAGAGAGAGAGUCGAUAUUGAAGACUCGCCUGUGUUCAUUGUCCAGGCUCUUGUCAACCCACCUGGUCCGGAUCAUCAGCCAGGUACUGCCCCAGAGACAAUUAGUCUCAGGAACAGAUCCGGGGCUGAGAUUGAUCUCAGUGGCUGGAAAAUUCGUAUCAAGACUGGAGAUACUCAAGUUCUACCGUCGGGUAUACGCAUUGGUCCUGCUGAGACUAAGACUAUUGAAACUAGUGUCCCGCUUUCUAACAACGGGGGCAUUAUCACUCUCCUUAACCCAGAGGGAUUCAAGGUUCAUGGUGUUAGCUAUACAAGAGCUGAAGCAAACGGCGCUGUUAUUGUCUUCUGA